AUGGAAAAGACCAACACUUUUGCGCGUUUCGACGUCGUUUCAGAUGACUCAGAUCACCACUUCAGGAAUCCAAACUGGUGCAGAAACAAAGGUGACAGAGUCUGUUUCACCAAUACAAAGAGCGAGGUAUACAAGAUCAUCAUGAGAGAGUGGAAAAUCCUCGAGGAAAAUUUACCUGAAUCCAUCUAUGUUCGCGUUUACGAGAGACGCAUAGACUUGUUGAGGGCUGCGAUCGUAGGCGUCGCGGGCACACCUUACCACGAUGGUCUCUUCUUCUUCGACAUAGCCUUCCCCUCUGAUUACCCGAAAUCCCCGCCCCGGAUCCAUUACCGCUCAUUCGGGCUCCGACUCAACCCAAACCUCUAUGCCAACGGCGUAGUCUGCUUGAGCCUACUCAACACCUGGAUGGGGCAAAAGAGCGAGAGGUGGGACCCAUCUGGGUCAACGUUGCUGCAGGUGUUGCUCUCCAUUCAAUCACUCGUUCUCAACGACGAGCCAUUCUUUAACGAGCCUAGUUAUGCAUCGUUCGGGAAUUCUCACCACCACCUGAACAGGUCACGUGCUUACAGCGAACACGCGUUUUCCCUCACGUGUCAAACCUCCGUCUAUCUGCUUCGGAACCCGCCCAAGAACUUCAAAGAAUUCGUCCGAGCCCAUUUUAGCGAGCGAGCGCCUGCGAUUCUCGCGGCUUGCAACGAGUACGUGAAUGGGCGCGUGAGAGUUGGCAAUUACGGUUACAACGACGACGACGACGACGACAAUGAGUCUCGUGCGUCUUCUGUGAAAGUUUCAGAGGAGUUCAAGGGGUUGAUGAAAGGACUUUACCCCAAGAUGGUUGAAGCGUUUCAACGGACCGGUGCUCAUUUGGGGACUUCCCUCGAACACUUGGAGUUGGAAAGGAAGCGAUCCGAAAAAAACAACAACGGUAUCUUCAAGAAGGCCAUUGCAAAGAUCAAACGGGCUUUGGGAUGGAAAAAUAAGAUUAAAUCGCAGUCAUGA